AGCCCCAGCGUGGCUCUCCUCGUGUCCCCCCAUUUGCAGGGCUUUCCCCUGCCCUGGCUGCCCCCUGGACAUGCCUGAGCACAAAGCUGCCUCAAGGCUCCGGCUCUCCGGGCUGUGCUUCCUCCUUCAAAUCCUCAACAUCCUCCUCUUCGCUGCCUUUGUCCGGUACAGCCCAGAGAGCAGCUCCAGCCUCUGUUCCCCGCAGCUGAACUGCAGCCGGAGAAACCAGGACUCGGGUUUCCAGCACCCCCGUUUCCAGGAUGUCCACCUCCAAGUGCUCCUUGGCUUCGGGCUCCUGGUGGCCUUCCUCGGCCGCUAUGGGCCGGGCAGCGUGGCCAUCAGCAUCCUCAUCGUGUCCUUUGCCAUCCAGUGGGCCAUACUGAUCCAGGGGUUUUUGUACUUCUUCCUCAAUGGCAAAAUUUACGUGGGAGCUCGGAGCAUGGUCAGUGCCGACUUCUGCACCGCAGCCGUUCUGAUCUCCACCGGAGCUGUUCUGGGCAGGGUAAACCCUGUGCAGAUGCUGCUGCUGGCCCUACUGGAAGUCACCCUCUGCACCCUCAAUGAAUACAUCCUGCUCAGCCUCAUGGGGGUGAGCGACAGCGGGCGCUCCUUGACCGUCCACACCUUCGGGGCUUACUUUGGCUUGAUGGUUUCACGGAUCUUGCACCAGCCCCAUAUGGACCAGAGGAAGAGGGAGGACCAGCAGGACACAGGGCACCAGGCGGAUGUUUUUGCUGUGGUUGGAACCAUCUACCUGUGGAUCUUCUGGCCCAGCUUUACCUCAGCCACCUCUGUUCAUGACAAUGCUGAGCCCUGGGCAGUGCUCAACACCUACUUCUCACUGGUGGCGAGUACCAUCUCCACCUUCAUCCUGUCUCCUGUCCUCUAUGAGGAGAGCACCCCACGGAUGGUUCAGAUCCAGGAUGCCACCUUGGCUGGUGCUGCCGUGAUGGGUAUGGCUGGGGAGAUGUUGGUCACCCCCUUUGGGGCCCUCAUCACAGGGUUUCUGGCCGGCCUGAUCUGCCCACUUGGCUUCAGAUUCUUCACGCCUGUCCUGCAAUCCAGGCUGAAGAUCCAGGACACAUGUGGGGUUCACAAUAUCCAUGGGCUGCCAGGGAUACUGGGUGCCCUGCUGGGGAUGCUGCUGACACUGCUGGCCACCGCAGACACUUACGGUGACAGGCUGGAGCUCGUGUUCCCGCUGGUGGCCCAGGGCAGCCGGACGGCCGCUGACCAGGCGUUGUGGCAGCUCUGUGCCCUGCCCCUCACCCUGCUGCUCGCCACGCUCGGGGGCUGCCUCACGGGAGCCGUCCUGAAAACCAAGGCGCUGAGGUCUCCCCCGGACAAGGGAAACCUGGAGAACACCGUCCUCUGGGAGGUGGACAAGGAAGGAUGUGACCCCAGGACAAGUGGGAAGGAGCCGGGCAUCAGCACCUUGGUGUAAUGAUCCCAAAUUCCCAGUGAGGGCCUGCACCACCAGGAUGAACCCUCUGCCGUUGCCAGUGCCAGAUGACUUUUGGUAGCCCAAACUUCCCAGCAGCCUGUUCUGGAGACAGCCACCUUAUCCCCAUGUGGGAGCCAGUUCCUGGUCCCAAAUAUUUUGGGAGAAGCCAGGUGCCCACAGGCCUUUGCAGGGUGAAGAGAUGCUGCAGUGAUCCAGGUGUUUCUGUGGGAGCAAUCCAGCUUUCUCCAGGGAUACCUCAGGGUGUCCAGGCUUGGCUCAGCCACUUCCCCUCUCUACUCUGUGCCUCAGUUUCCCCAUCUGCUGCUCUCUGAAGGGAUGAAGGCAAUGGGAGGGUGUUGGAGAAGGGGCACAGGAGGCUGCACAGAAAGCAACAAAGACUUUCUAUGGACACU